AAAAAAAGACAUAAAUCUCUAGUCUCAGGGGGAUAUGAUGAGGGUGCAAAGCAUUGUAAUUCGAACUACAGGUUUUCUACUAAUACAAAGCUUAAUGCUAAAUUCUGAAGUAUCCCUUUAAGUGUGUGGGUGCUCUGCCUGCUGACUGUUUGUGUGUGCUCCCAUGUGUUAUGAGCUGAUAGUGUGAUUGUUUAUUUGUGUCAUUGACAUGUCAUGUAAGAAAGGGUUUACAGCGUGUUGUUGAGUGUUAGUUGCAUUUGAAGAUGGAUCCAUGUAGCCGCUCAGAACCACAGGUCAAAGAAAAGUGAUUCAUCUUUCUGUUUUAUUUGAAUUCGUUCUCAUUUUAGCUUAGCCUAAAAUCAUAAAGUCAUCCUACCGUCUCUAUAUCUUUUCUUUAAUGAAUGACAUGACAUGAUUAGACUAUAUCGAUGUAGACAAAAACACCGUCACAAAUUCAAUAAUGAGUGCAUUUACAUGUAUGAUAUCUUACAACCAAGUAAUGUUAAAACAUUAUUUUAGUGGGGGAUGGUCAUAAAAGGUUUUAGCAAAACCACAUCGGCAUAUUUGCCCAUAACCGAGAUUUCGCUCAGAAUAAAACUACUUUAAUGCAUGGGUUGGGCAAAUGUCUUUUUUACAUUUUGAUAUCAAACUCAAUGAGGUUUAUAUACUAUGUUGUUCAGAGUGGGAACAAAAGGUUCUUGAAACUUUCAUGUGAAUCUCUGACAUUCAUCUCUUAAAGGCAAGGCUCUCCACAUCGCUGGAUCUUGAGAAGCCGCCGCCAUUGAGAAAGCAAUAAGCCAGCUUAGGACAGUGCUUGAUGAAGCCGGCCGUCUUCGCCACCUUCAGCUUUCUGUGCGAGCUACGCUAUCCAGCGACGUAUCCUUUUUCAAAAAGCCUUUUUCUAUCUAAAAGAGCCACACUUCCUGUGGCUACCGGAGCCUCUGGCCAUUGCGAAUCACUCACCGAAGUCCCUCCAUCGAGCCUCGCAUUCUCCGCACCCCCUCACCGAAGCGCAGCCACCGGCCACGCCCGCUCUGCCAGCACAUCUGAUGAUGAGGUGGAAGGACUUGCUGCAGGAGACAGCUGUUCCAAUCUGGCUUCAGAUAGCGAGGAUUGGUCGAGUUCCCAUCACUCCACCUCCUCAAUCCUGGAAUCUUGCAGGACCCGCGCUGGAGAGGAUGCUGAGCUUAUGUACCUCUUCUCAUGGUGAUAAACCUGUUCCUGCCUCGUUCCUCGUGCCAUCUCUGCUGCAGGCCGCCCACUUGACCAGCCACCUGCACGAGCCACUACACAGUUCCUUGCUCAGCUCAGACAGUCUUUGGAGUGACGGAGCGGCCGCCCCAGAUAGCGCUCUGCCAACCGCCACAGACUAGUCACAGCAAUCGGGACAUUACAUAUGAAACAGACGGCCACUACUGUCAGCGAGCAGCCAUAUUCAAGCACAGAGAGCGUGCACACCGCGCCCAUUCCUCCGCUUCAGUUUCUCGAGCCUGCACAGUGUGGCGACUAGUUGCACAUAUAAAAGCAUGGAAAGCUAUUCCAGGAGUAUCAGAAUGGGUGCUAAACGCACAGCCCACGAUGACAGUGAAUGCAGAGGUACUGUAGCACAUCUACUCUGAUCAGAUUUAGCAAAGCUGCUGUGCAAAGGGGCCAUGGGAUCGGUACCGCCUUCUCUGAGCGAGUCAGGCUUUUACAGCCAUUAUUUUUCUCAUACCCAAGAAAAACGGGGCUCUCAAAUCUAUAUUCUGAUAUAUAAUCUGAGACAAAACUCUCAUGAAAAGACCGUUCAAAAUCCUUACGACCAGACAACUCCUUGCGCACGUUCGCCCGAGGGACUGGUUUAUCUCUCUCGAUCUGAAAGAUGCCUAUUUUCAGAUUCAUAUAACACCCUGUCACAGGCCAUUCUUGAGAUCCUUUGGCGGUCAGGUUUAUCAAUACAGCGUCCUGCCGUUCGGCCUGUCUUUAGCACCCCGUACAUUCACGAAGUGCAUGCGAACUUUCAACCAUCUGGACGAUUGGCUGAUUCUGGCGCAGUCAGAGACAGAGAUAUUAUCUCACAGAGCAGCGCUCCUCAGUCAUCAACUGGACCAAGAGCUCAUUACUGCGAACUGGACUCUGUGGCCAUGACUGCUCGCUUAUCAACACAGCGGGCGCGCGUCUUUCCAGAAGGGCAGCAGCACUCCUCUGAAGACAUUCCAGAGGAUGGUGGGCUACAUGGCUUCAGCUGCUGCGGUACUUCAGCUGGGGUUGCUGCGCAUGCGCCCUCUGCAACUCUGGCUGGCCGCUCGUGGGCUCACCUAGCUUGGGAGUCCGGCUGCGAGCGGAUCAGAGUGACUCAGAGCUGCAUUACAGCUCUGCAGCCCUGGUUAGUGGCCAACUGGUACCAGCGGGGAGUGAUUAAGGGAACUGUCUCAUACCAAAAGUUCAUCUCGACAGACGCGUCCAACUUAGGAUUGGGCGCUCUCUUCGAGUACAGACCGGUCUUUGGCCUGUGGUCAGACCAGGAGAAACUCCACUAUAUGAACUGUCUGAAACCGAUUGCGGUCGAGAAUGCGCUGAAGCGUUUCCUCCCUUUCAUGUUCUAGUCCAUUUGGACAACAUGUGUGUAGUGUCCUACGUGAACCGUCAGACCCAGAAACCUCUGCAAUCUGACACAACACCUCCUUGUUUGGUCUCAGCACCAUCUGCGCUCGCUGAGAGCUGCGCAUGUGCUAGGCCAUCUGAAUGAAUGCUCAGACACACUGUCCAGGGACAAUGUUACCCCGGAGGAAUGGUCCUGCACCCCCAAAAAGUCCAGUUGGUAAGGCGCCAGAAGUCGACCUCUUUGCGUCACAAGACAACGCUCACUGCCCAAAGUUGAUGUGUGAGUCUUGAAGCUGACUUUUGCUGGUGAAACUGCAAACUAUCUUCAGUAAAUCUUUUCUUUAAUUUAGUAUAAUUCUGACUCUGACUCUUCAUUCAUCAUAUCUGGGUCUGGGUCUUAAGCGGUUUACCCCUAACACUAAGGUGUUUCUUAGGGUGUUCUGGUUGGUUCCCAGAGUGUGGCUAAUAUCUUCCUUAUUGACAAAAGAGUUUAAUGAUUCGGGUCAUUAUAUAUAACUUGGGUCCUUCCUUUAGUGUGUAACAUUUUAUUGUCCAUCGGGCAAAAAGUAAUAUUAUCAGGUAUCCAUAGCAUGUUUACAUUAUCAUUAAUAUCCAUAUCCAUAGCAUAUUUCCAUGUAAUAAAGGGCUUCCCCUAAUCCCUAACCACAAGUAUGUGCAUUGCAACAGUAAUAAUGACGCUUUCCUCAGCAAACACUAUUAAAAAGAAGAGAAAUUAAAAGAAACGCUUCAGAUCUGAGGGGAAAGUGAGGAUGUGUUGCAGAAAUGAACAGGUUUUUAUUAUCUUUUAUGAGGGUUCAAUAAACAACCGUUGCUGUAUUUUUUCUUAA